UGCAGAUGUCGAUGAGGUCAGCCAGAGCGACAGAAACAAACGGCGCUGCGAUAGGCACUGCACACGUGGUGCUACACCGCGAGACUUAAACUGUCGAAAAAGAGCGUCGUCCUAAUGAGUUCGUGAGACCCGGACGGAGAAGCACAUGUGUGGAAAGUAAAGGUGGUGGCAAAGGAGACUGGCUUUACAGAACUGCAGAAUGGAGGAGAUGUGCCCAACUGUACAGGAAAUUCAAGGGGUGAGCUAUAAAUGUGAAGAAGUGGCUUUGGAAGAAGAAAAAAGUAACAAUGAGAAAAAGGAAAAUCUUGUGCUUCACAAGAGCCUCCAUUUUGUGGAUGCCAUAAACAAAAGAACUGAUGACAUUAAGAAAGAAGAUUGUGAGUGGGAAUCUGUAAACAAUCAGCUGGGAAGUCAUGGAAUUAAAAAAGAAGACCCUGAAUGGGAAUCUGUGAGCAAUCAGCUCAGAAGUCAUGGAAUUAAGAAAGAAGACCCUGAAUGGGAAUCUGUGAACAAUCAGCUGAGAAGUCAUGGAAUUAAGAAAGAAGCCUGUGAAUUGGAAUCUGCACUCAAUCAACUGGGAAGUCAUGAAGUUAAGAAAGAGGAGGAUUGUGAAUGGGAGCUAGUAAGUGUUAAAGAAGAAUCUGAACUGAUAUCUAUUAGCUAUGACAUACAGAAAAAUGAAAUCUUAAGUAGCAUCAAGGAAGAAGCCGUCGAAUCCGAUUCUGUUCCUCAGUAUGUGUGUCCAGACAAAGAGGUGCCUCAGUUUGGCUUUAGACCAAGCAGCGAACCUCUUCUACAGCAUCAUUCUGUCCAUGUAAAAGCAGAGUCUUUGGAGUCUGACAUGAAGAGGACUGAGACAGCAUCAUGUUCAAGUCAUUCCAGAAAAGAUUUACAGAAGAGUGUCUGUGUCUUUCAACUACCAUUUACUGAGACCUCUCUUCAGUGUAAACCCCAGCAGACAUUGCAUGAUAGAACUCGGAAGAUACUGAAGUCUGGAUCAGAGAUUUUAAUAUCAAACCCUUUGCAGGGUAAUUCCCAACCUAUUAAUACAACACAGGCUGAUGUGACAAACAGUCAACAACAUGUACAAAGUUUGAAUUCAGCAGCUUUGCCUGUCUCUGAAAAUAUAAGAAAAAUAAAUAAAUGCAAAUAUGAUCACAGUGUUUAUCAGAAGAUAUGUGCAAACUGGGAGCAAAAUACCUGCUCUGACUGUGGAAGACAAUUCUCAACAAGUGAGCGACUUCAGAGCCACAGAAGAAUUCACACUGGAGAGAAGCCUUAUUGCUGUUCUGAGUGUGGCAAAAGAUUCUCAACGAAAAGUCAUCUUCGGACCCACAUGAGAAUUCACACUGGAGAGAAGCCUUAUUCCUGUUCUGAAUGUGGCAAAAGAUUUACAACAAUUAGCCAUCGUAAUAUACACACAAAAAUUCACACUGGUGAGAAGCCAUAUGGCUGUUCUGAAUGUGGCAAACAAUUCUCAACUAAGAGCCAUCUUCAAAUGCACACACGAGUUCACACAGGAGAGAAGCCAUUUUGCUGUUCUGACUGUGGAAAACGAUUUUCUGGUAGUAGCAAUCUUCGUAAACAUGAAAGAAUUCAUACAGGAGAGAGGCCACACUGCUGCUCUGAAUGUGGCAAACGAUUUUACGACACUACCGAUCUUCAUAAACACUACAGAGUUCACACUGGGGAGAAGCCAUAUUGUUGUUCUGAAUGUGGGAAGAGCUUCACAAAGAACAGAAGUCUUCAGAUCCAUGAAAGACUUCACAAAAGUUAGAAGUUGUAUUUCUGUUAUUAGUGUGGGAACCCAUCCAUCCAUCCAUUAUCCAACCCGCUGAAUCCGAACACAGGGUCACGGGGGUCUGCUGGAGCCAAUCCCAGCCAACACAGGGCACAAGGCAGGGAACCAAUCCUGGGCAGGGUGCCAACCCACCGCAGGACACACACAAACACACCCACACACCAAGCACACACUAGGGCCAAUUUAGAAUCGCCAAUCCACCUAACCUGCAUGUCUUUGGACUGUGGGAGGAAACCGGAGCGCCCGGAGGAAACCCACGCAGACACGGGGAGAACAUGCAAACUCCACGCAGGGAGGACCCGGGAAGCGAACCCGGGUCCCCAGGUCUCCCAACUGCGAGGCAGCAGCGCCACCGUGCCGCCCUAGUGUGGGAACCAUUUUCCUAAUAAUAUUAAUUUACAGGUCCACAACAAGCAUUUGCAAUGAUGAGAACUAGUAUUGCUGCUGUGGCAAAUGAUUCUUUGGAGCAACUUUCAUAGAUACAGAAACAUUCUUGCAAUUUAGGCACAAAUCAACUCCCAGCACCCACACCUACAGACAGUAUGGCUCACUAGGGUGGGCUAUAGUACCCAAGUCUGGUCUCAAGACAUUUUUCAUUUGUAUUGGGUUUGGAGGUUGGGUGACAAAUGGAGCAAGUCUUUUCGACUUUGAUUUUUGCUUAACAUCGUGUGGGUAUUGUAAUACAACUACUGAAAAUUGUAUUUUUUUAUGUUAACUCGUUACUUUCAAUUUUGUAGAUUUAAAGAAAAGCAUCAAGUUCUUUGUCCAUAAUCUUUUUCUGUCUGGACUAAAAAAAAAAAGAGUGAAAUUGUGUUUUUCUGGUUUUCAAUAUUGUGUUUGAAAAUCAAAAUAAAGUCAUGUCCUCCUGUUUCUCAAGUACAA